AGAGAGACUUGCUGGAAACUUGUUGGUUAUCCAAAUGAUCACAAGUUCAAGAAGAAGUCUAGGAUGGAAGGUAGCAAUGCAGCUUGUAAUGUUUCUCUUGAUACACAACUCAAUCAUCAUGGUCUAGGAUCAUGUAAUCAACUUGCAGGGAAAGGCUUUCAGUCUUAUGAUAUAGGAAUUCAAGCUGGUUCUGAUGUGCAGAUGAAUCAAAUCAGUCAAAUGGGAAGUGUACCAUUCACUAAAGAGCAAUAUGAGCAAAUCUUGAGAAUGAUUAAUAACAACAACUUUGGCUCACAUGCAAGAGAAUCAGAAAAUGCUGGCAGCACAUCUAAUGCAGGAAAGGUGAGGGGAUCGGUAAGCCUGCUGGAGGAUUAUAUCUACUGGUUGGAUAGCAAGACAAUGAGAUUUCACAGCAUGCAACUAAUAAAGUGACAAAUGGUGGCAUGGUGACAAGAAGUAAUGAUGACAUAGACCUUUGGCACAGAAGAUUAGGUCAUGUGUCUACUCAUGCUUUUAAGAAAAUAGUUACUUCUGAUAUUCAAAGUAUAGAAGAUAGAAUAAGGAAAUGUACUAUGUGUCCUUGUGCAAAACAAGCUAGAUCUUCUUUUCUCUAAAGCAAUGUUCAGAGUACAUGUUAUUUUGAUCUUAUGCACAUGGAUGUGUGGGGACCUUAUAAGAUAACAACUAUGAAUGACAAUAUUUUUUGACA